AUGGACUUCCUCCAUCUAGACCGGGACUGGUCUGUCCUGAUCUGCACCCGCUGUCAGUAUGCCCUGGUCCCAGAUGCAAUUGCAGCCCAUCUGAAAGAUCGACACGAGGACGUAGUGACGCGCGCGGCUGUCAAAGACUGCGUCAAUGCCUGGAAGUCCAUAGCUCUGCAAGAACCAGGCCGGGUACAGCAGCUAUAUAUACCGCCUUGCAUACCAGAGGCAGCAGCAAGCGCUACACUACACAUUGACUUAUCCACAGUCAACAGCGCUCGAGAAGCUGGUAGCAGCGGCGCAGGCGCUGAGCGUCAACCCAGCGGCCGGCCCAGAUUACAGACGCGGCGCUUCAGAGCAGCAGCUACAGGCAGAGCUCGACCAGGCUUGUCUAUGCUUCUGCAUUACGCUGCUCGACCAUCGCCUUCUUGGCCCGAUCUACGUUAG